CCCAGCUGUCUGUCCAGCCCUUCCUGGCGUUGCUGACUUCCAACCUCUGUGGGAACAGCAUUGGCGCAGGCGCACUGACAGGUCGAGAAUGCAUUUUGGCGUCACAGAGCUGUCGCUGCGUUCCUUCCGCCCUCAUUCUGACUUUGUCCCAAUGUUCUCUGCUUGGCAGCGUCUCUGGUUUUCAUUUCUUUCCAACUCGGUCUUGUUAGCGUCCUCCUCAAUGGUCUCUUGAGAGGGAAACCCGAGCAUCUCCUGCGCAUGUGCAGUGACCCGGGCGGACGUGAAUGGGCCGCGGGCUUCUGCGCGUGCGCACGGCUCGCCUAGUGCCGCUCGUGCCCAGAGGCGCCGGGAGCAUGUCGACCCCGUUUGAGGAGCGCAGUGGGGUGGUGCCGUGCGGCACGCCGUGGGGCCAGUGGUACCAGACCCUGGAGGAGGUGUUCAUUGAAGUGCAGGUGCCGCCAGGCACCCGCGCCCAGGACAUCCAGUGCGGCCUGCAGAGCCGGCAUGUGGCGCUGGCCGUUGGGGGCCGCGAGAUCCUCAAGGGCAAGCUCUUUGAUUCUACCAUAGCUGAUGAGGGAACAUGGACUUUGGAGGAUAGAAAAAUGGUUCGUAUUGUUCUUACAAAGACAAAGAGAGAUGCAGCAAAUUGUUGGACUUCUCUUCUGGAAUCUGAAUAUGCAGCUGAUCCCUGGGUGCAAGACCAAAUGCAGAGAAAGCUUACAUUAGAGCGGUUCCAAAAAGAAAAUCCUGGUUUUGACUUCAGUGGAGCAGAAAUCUCAGGAAACUACUCUAAAGGUGGACCAGAUUUCUCAAACCUUGAGAAAUAACCAGUACUUGCGAUGCUUCCUGUGGAUCCUAGCAGAUGGUGAUCAAAGACGCAGAUCUCGUGAAGAGGGAAAAUGUGGAUGCCUCCAGUUAACACACUGACAAACAUAUUUAAUUAUGGUUCUAAAAGUUGCAUUCAAAUAUGGUUUUAUGUAGAAAUUACAUACUCUGGGAUCUAUGAAUAUAUGGUAACUUUUUUUGGACUUGUUUUUGCUCAGCAUGAAGUUUUAUAUAAAUUGCAUUUUACUAAUUUCAUAUUAAUUGUAUUUUUAAUACAAAAAAGCAGUAGGUUAUAGAUCAUGUGAAAGGGUGCCUUCAGGGAUUUUUUUUUUUUUUUUGAUAAGUGUGACACAGGAAUAAUGUUCAAUAAACUUUUCUAAAUAGGAAUUGUGUACCCCUUUGUCUAAGUAUUUACACAGAAAAAUAUUGUACUGAAAAAAAUUUAAAGCAGGAAUUAGACCCACAAAAAUACUUUGAGUAAGUUUUACAACCUAAUGAAAAUUUCCUUUUUCAUUUAUUAUUCCUGAAGAGAUUGUGUCAAGAAAUUUAAAAAUAGUUCAAGAACAUAUCAGUAGGAAUGGGUUUGUAAGGAGAAAUAACGAGGUUAAGUGUUGUUAUUGGACAGGUUCUUUGUCAGUGGGGAAAGCAUAUUCACGUCAUUAAUUGGCAGAGGUAUCAUUUUGACUUUCAGUGAUCCAAACAUUGAGGAAGGAAUCAUUGAAAUUUCAUUUCAGCCUUUUUUCUUUUUAAUCCUUCAAAAAAUUAAUUUCCAAAACAGAAAUCUCAACACAGAAACAAUACAAUACAUAAGGUACAUAGUUUGUUUUAUUUAUGAACUCUUUGAGUUAAUUAGUAGAGGACGUGAUGCUUCAUCUUGGAGUGGACCAGUGUGUAUUUGCUUCAAGGAAUGACAUAAUCUUACCUAGCGGGGGUGCACCGUUGAAACCAGGUCGUCUUAGACUUCACAAUUAGACUUAGAUGUGCAUUUUUAGCAUUUAUUAUAGAAGUGGCCAUGAGUUAUUACAUCCUAUCAUGAUUAACAAUUUGAAUUUAUUUCAUUUCUGAAGGCGUUACUUAGAUCA